AUGCCUGAUUGUAACAAAAGUUGGUCUUAUAUAUGUUGGUUUGUUUGUUCCAGAGAGCAGCCUAUCUUCACGUGCAAAGCCCACGUGUUCCACAUAGACCCGAAGACCAAGAGAUCUUGGAUGUCAGCUAGUUCAGCGGCUGUUUCGGUCUCAUUCUUCUAUGAUUCCUCUCGUAAUCUGUACAGAAUCAUCAGUGUUGAAGGCACUAAGGCGGUGAUAAACAGCACGAUCACAGCCAACAUGACCUUCACUAAGACCUCCCAGAAGUUUGGACAGUGGAGCGACGUGCGAGCAAAUACUGUAUAUGGGCUGGGGUUUGCAUCGGAGGCGGAGUUAGGAAAAUUCAUAGAAAAGUUCCAAGAGGUAAAAGAAGCGAUUCAAGCACAGCAAUGCGCUGCAACUAAAGCAACUAAUGGAUCAGGCGCAGCGACACCAGUUGCCUCUGCGACAGCCAGUCCGCUACUGGCAGCUCGAGCAGCGGCUGAUGAACCACCGGCGCUGUCUCCGGCACAGCCGAAGGUGGAAAACGAUGAGAUGAUGGUACAUCAACGAGCUCACUCUGUCUCAUCAUCACUACAGGGUGGCUACGCGACAGUAGGACGUUCGCCUCGCCCACCCGCCGCUGCUGCCACAACUACCGACGUAGACGACACACAACUAAGAUAUGAAAACGACAGGCUGAAACUAGCUUUGGCACAGAGUUCCGCAAACGCGAAGAAAUGGGAAGUAGAGUUGGCUACACUCAAGAGUAAUAAUCUUCGUUUGACGGCCGCCCUUCAAGAAAGUACGGCGAAUGUUGAUGAGUGGAAGAGGCAGUUACAUCAGUAUAGAGAGGAGGUAGCAAGGGCAAGACAUUACGCUACUGGCAAAGGUGGUGACGCCAACGAAGUAGAACAGCUAAGACAGCGCGUGGCGCAGCUUGAAGCUGAACUGGCGCAGAAGAACGAAGAACUGGCUCAGAUCACCAAAUCUAAGAAGAGUGAACAGGAUGCUGAAGCUAAAUUGGCUCAAAGUCAGUUAGAAUUAGCGCUAGCAGCUCAAGACGGACAGCGUCAAGUACUGACGGCGCUAAACGAUCAGCUAGCAAGGCAGAUAGAAGAAUUGAGCAAUGGUCUAUCAACAGUCAGUGGAGUAUUUAGACAUCACUGA